AUGUGUUCAAUUAAGAGGAAAAGUAAUGUUAAAGGAAAACAAACGGUUAAGGUUAGUGAACAUGUGUCCGCUGUUUUUCAAAAGAGAAUGCCAAAGAAAUGCGAUGAUCCGGGCAUGUUCACUAUUCCUAUAACUCUUGGUGAUACUAAGAUUGAUAGGGCCAUGUUAGAUUUAGGAGCCUCCAUCAAUGUGCUUCCUUAUUCUUUGUAUGAGUCUUUGACACUUGGUGAUUUGCUUCCUACCAAUGUUGUUAUCCAACUUGCGGAUAGAUCCACUUCCAUUCCUAGAGGUGUAGUUGAAGAUGUUCUUGUGGUAGUUGAUAAGUUGACUUUUCCUGCUGAUUUUUAUUUUGAUGGUCAAAUCAUUGAGUUUAAUAUGUAUGAUGCCAUGAGGUACCCUAACAUUGAGGAUCACUCUCUUUGUGCCAUUGAUGUGUUUGAGCCAUGUGUUCAAGGUGUGUUCGAUGUCUUACGUGAUGAUGAUUUGCAAAGUGUUUUGGACUUUAGUUUGAAUGCUGAUUCUUUGGAGUUUUGUUUGCCAGAUAAUGUGCUUAAAAUUGUUGUUGAAUUGAAUGAGCUUUCCAAACUUCCUUUGAAUCCUUCAAACUAUAAGCCCAUGCCACUUACUGUGCCUAGCACAAGACCGCUUCCUUCUGUUGUGCAGGCCCCGAAUGUGAGAAAGAGACCUUGCCAGUUAUCAUUUCCACAAGUUGACCUUGGAACAAGAGAGCAAGUUGGUGGAGGUGCUCAAGGAGCAUUCGACAGCGAUUGGUGGUCAAUUGCCGACAUCCAUGGCAUUAGCCCAUCCACAUGUAUGCAUAGGAUCUUGUUGGAAGAUGAAGCUAAGCCGGUGAGGCAACCUCAAAGGCGUUUGAACCCCCAUGAUGGAGGUGGUAAAGAAGGAGGGAGGGCUUUCUAUUGUUUCCUUGAUGGGUACUCAGGCUAUUUUCAAGUGCCCAUUGCUCCAGAGGACCAGGAAAAGACAACAUUUACAUGUCCCUUUGGCACUUUUGCGUAUCGGCGCAUGCCGUUUGGACUUUGUAAUGCCCCUGCCACCUUUCAAAGGUGUAUGGUAAGUAUUUUCUCUGACUUUGUGGGGGAGUUUCUAGAGGUUUUCAUGGAUGAUUUCACCGUUCAUGGUGACUCUUUUGACCAAUGCUUGUACCAUUUGUCCCUUGUCUUGAAACGUUGUAUUGAGUCUCAUCUUGUGUUGAAUUCUGAGAAAUGUCAUUUCAUGGUUGAGCAAGGCAUAGUGUUGGGGCAUGUUGUUUCAUCUAGGGGGAUAGAGUUGCAAAAGGAUGUUGAUUUUGUGUUUGAUGAUGCUUGUAAGAAGGCCUUUGACUCUUUAAAAGAGAAGCUUACUUCUGCCCCUGUCAUUCAAGCCCCCAUUUGGUCCCUCCCUUUUGAGAUAAUGUGUGAUGCAAGUGCUUUUGCCGUGGGGGCUGUUUUGGGUCAAAAGAGUGGUUGA